AUGUCCACGAACGAUAGAAACGUACAGAAGGUAACCAAGUUUGAAACCGGAACGAGGAAAAGCACACAGGCACCGUUGACAGCCAACCGCGAUUGUUUCGACGACGAAGACGGAGACGAAGACGAAGACGAAGACGACCACAAUCCCGACUAUGCGUGUAUAAAUGGCAAUUGUAAGGUCACCGGAUUGGGGGCAGCUCGUUCGUCGUGCACCGACGAUAUCUUGUUAAAAACUCUGAUUGCAAAGUAUACCAAAAGGUUAUUGGCAAAACUGGAAAACAUUGCGGGUAACGUGCCGGAAGAAAGCGAGCACACGGACGCGAUAGUACGACUGCGAAAAAAGUUUCAACGGUUACUGAAGGACAUGGAUCAGCCGGGUGGGCCGUCCGACUCUUCGAACGUAUUACUGAACAAAUACGACUGCCUUCGCAUGGCAUACUACAGUGUACUCGACGGGAUCAAAGCGGAAAAAAAAACCACCGUCCAGGAUAACAAUAAAAACGAGAAACAAGAGAACCGUGAAAACAACGAGAAACUCGAGAACCGCGAAAACAAUGAGAAACUCGAAAAACGGGAGAACAGUGAAAACAAUGAGAAACUCGACAAAUUUAAAAAAACUGAAAACCCUGAGAAAUUCCAAAAUGGCGAAAAAUUGGAAAAAUUGGAAAACUCGGAGAAACGCCUGGUCUGCGAAUAUUGUGGCAAACAGAUGAAGUCUUCUGGUAUGACGUGGGGACCAAAUAUUCGUUCCGACAAAGAUAAUUUUCAAAAAGAACCAUUCGAAUUGAAGUCCUUUCUUAAAAAUCGAUUUUUCAUUUAUUUCCCGUGUUUGUGUUGCAUGUUUGGGAAGUCUGACUGA